AUGCCUGCCACUGGACAGCAAAGCGAGGAUAGUGCGGUCAGACAUAAGGUGAAUCCCAAGGAUAUUUCGAUCGAAGCGGAUUUGGACGAGCUGUCCGCCGUGGUCACAUAUGUCGUGGAGACGACCUACCUCGACGCGUUCGGAGUGGCGGUCGAUUCAGAAAAGAAGCGAGAGCGGAAGCGCAUUAAGCUCCGCAAGAACCUCAAGCCAUCAACGGAUGUGUCCAAGCUGGCCGGAGAUGUGAUGAAGAAGUGCAAAUACGUGCACGUCUCCAAGCGCGAUGAACUGGAGAGGGUUAUACAAGACUUGCAGCACCAACUUAUCCGAGAUGACCUGCGGGCUAGCACAGGGGGGGGAGGGGAUGGGGGUGACUGGUGGAGAGGUGGCGAGGAAGGGCGAGGGGGCAAGAACGGAGGGGAAGAGGAACAGGAGGAAGCCCAAAUGGACAGUCUUGAGGAUUACGUCGAGCUACUGUACGAGGGAAAGGACAAGGAUGACAUGACGAAGAAGAUCAAGGGAACAGCUCUAAUCCUGGACCUGUGUUGCCACGUGGGAAACCUAGAACAUCUCAUCCAGGACCACACUCUCAUGGGGGCCCUGACGCGAGUCUUGAGCGAGGAGUACAAAAAAAGCGUCGAGCUCUGCUACAACAUCUUACGGGCCUUCUUGGCGUUCUCCAACUUCAUGGAGAUGCACCCCAUACUAUCCACGUACCGCGUGGGCAACAUCACUCUCAAGAUAGUCGAGCUGGAGGUGCAAAGGGCGCAGCACAGGCAAGAGGAGAAGCGCAAACGCUCAGCCGAGGUGGAGAAAGCCCUGAGAGAAGCUAGGGGAAACGAUGCGCAGACGGCGACCGUGCGUCGUCGGGCGGAACGAGAAGAAGCCAAGCAAAAGGUCCAGACGAAACGGCAGGACAAGUUGCUCUUCGUCGGGCUGCACAUCCUCAUCAACCUCGCGGAGGAAGUGUCUACCGAGCGAAAAAUGGUACGGAAAGGUCUGGUGGAGCUGCUGCGGUCCCUGUUGGAGCGAGCGAGCGUCAACCUCCUCUACCUCACGGCCACCUUCCUUAAGAAGCUCUCGGUUUUGGAGGAAAACAAGGACCGCGCGAAGGAAUGCGGGGUGGCGGGGUGCCUGGUUCGCUUCGUACCGUGCUCCUGCGACCCUCUCAUCGUGAUGACGCUGAGGCUGCUGUACAACCUCAGCUUCGACCCUGACAUAAGGGCCCAGAUGGUGAAAGCGGGACUUAUCCCGAAACUCGUGGAGCUCCUGAAGCGACCGCCUUACCGAGCGAGGGGCCUACGGCUCCUCUACCACAUGUCCAUCGAUGACCGAUGCAAGACCAUGUUCGCGUACACGGACGCCAUGCCGAUCGUGAUGCAGCUGGUGCUGAACUUCCCGCAGAAGAUGCUGGCCAAGGAGCUCGCUGCGCUGGCGGUGAACCUCAGCCUCAACCCCAGGAAUGCACAGAUGAUGGCGUCGCAGAGGGGGCUGCCCCACCUGGUGGAUAGGGUCACGGAGACGAAGGACCCGCUCCUCAUGAAGGUGGUUCGCAACAUCUCCAUGUGGACGUUCCGGUCCCAGGAGGCGAUGGAUAGCCCCGAGAAGGAGUACCGGGAGCGGACGCUGUGGGACCCCCUUGUAGAACCACUCCUCGACCUCGCCACGGAGACGGAAAGCCACGAGCUGCUUGUUGAGGUGCUAGGCACACUCAACAACCUCACGACGCUGGACCUCCCGAGAGGGAUCGGAUGGGUGGACGUUCUCUCAAACUACGCGUUGGCGCCUUUCUUGACGAAACUACUCGUCCCGGGCAUGGCGCAGAACGACAUAAUUCUAGAGGUGGUGAUUUUGGCUGGGGUGAUGGCGCAAGAUCCUCAAGCAGCGGCGCUUUUGGCUGGCUCGAGGCUGAUCAGCGCCUUGCAUGACCUGUGGUCGGACAAGUCUGGCGACACGGAGAUUACCCUGCAGCUCCUGCUCACUCUGUGGUGGCUGCUUCACACAAAGGAAUCUAGAGAAGAGAUCUUGUAUAGCACCGGGGCGUUGGCCGAGAUGCUCGACGCGCUUGACAGCCGACACCCGCCGACAAGAGCAAUGGCCACAGCUUGCAUGGACAUCGUGCUUGAGUUCGACCGUAGCGACGACGGGCGACUCGGGCAGAUGGGGGAGCAGGUUAGGAGGAGGAGGUUCGCCGCCCACAACCGGGAGUGGCUGCAUGCCGCUUCGCAGAUCGAAGACAUGGAUGUGGUGUACGGCUCCAGAGCGAGGAACAACGGAGUUCCCCUCAGCGACUCCGAGGAUCACGACCACCACCACCACGACCACGACCACGACCCAGAGGAGGGUCCAGCUCGGCGAAGAUCGAGCGGUAGAGGGGGUUCUAGUGGUGGUAACGACCCCGCGGGCAAUGGCGAUGAUUUGUCUUGGUCUAAUGGUUGGGAAUCGUGA